ACGCUUCCUACAUAAUGGUGUUUGACUUUUGAAAGAUUGUUUACAAGCAAACUUAGUGCAUAACAAUAGUUAAUAAAUUGAUCAUCGAUUGUGGCCUUUUAAUCUACGAGGUUUUAUCAAAACCCAUUCAAAAUGAUUAUAUUUAAAUAUUUUGUUUAAUUAUUAUUUGUGCUUAGAUUAGUUAAAAACAUUAUCUCUUUGACCCACUUGUUGCGUUUAGGUUAUGGUCCUAUAAACAAAAAUAUGUUUUACAUAAAUGUCUGGGUUGUGUAAUAAAUCAGUGAGAAUUAGAAGGAGAGAAUGGAGGGAACAGGUAUAAGCCUAUUUCUAGGUUCUGACAGUUUACAGUUAAAUAUCAGCAAAGAAAGAUUAGAGGAAGAUGAAGAAAAGGAGGAUCUUAAACGACGUACUAAAGAGAUCGAUAAUAUGUUGACCAAUGCAUUCGACGAUUUAGAAAAUGACGACGACGACGACGACGACGAUGAUGAUGAUGAUGAUGAUGAUGAUGAUGAUAAUGAUAUCAGUUCCGUUAAUAGUAGUCAUCAGUGCAGUGCCAAAGAAAAUGAACAUACCAAUAUGACUAAACCGAGAUUACCUUUCAAAACGCAAUUAUCUAAUGAUUCUGGAGCGUACGACCAUGUAGACAAUUCGAUGAAUUAUAAUCACGACGCGACGAAAAAUUAUAGGAUGGAAUCUGAUAUUGGAUUGAAUACUUCUGACAUUCAAAGAGAUAAAAAUAAUAAAUCUGUAGAAGGGGAUAAUUUAACGACGGAAAGUUCGUACGAAUUGGCAAGACUUCCAAAUUCUAGUUAUUGUCCUAGAGAUCUGGCAAGUCGUGCGGAGGAUGGUUAUACGUUUAACGACAAUUAUCUUCACUAUGAAACCCCGUCUAAUCAUUAUAACAAUCAUGACAAACAUUAUGUUAAUAAUGGUUAUAUCGAAAAUUAUGGGAACAAUGUACAAUCCAAACAGAUUCACGAGUUUGGCGGGGGUGAUAACGUUACUUCGGAAGAGAUCAAUCACCGUUUUAAAAUUAGUCCAAAUGGAAAAUGGUUAAUUGACGAUAACACGAUAUAUAAAAAUGCCGAGUAUAGUAGCAAGGAACAACUCGAAGUUUUAUAUACGAUUAGGAUGAAAGAGAUAAAGCAAUUGACCGAAAAGUUGCAACAGCUACAACAGCAGAAAGAAACAGAGAUAGAUCAAUUUAAUCGUAAGGUAGUGUUGUUGCAGGCAGAAGUUGAAAGAUCAAACAUAUCUAGGAAUCAAGCGCAACAUGCUCUAAUCGACGCCAAGGCGGAAAUUAUAGAUCUUCAAGGACAAAUGACAUCGUUGAAAGAAAAAAAUGCCGUUUUAGAGACCACGAAUCAAAACAUGGCUGAGGAAUUAGCCAUCACGAAAGAUUCCGUAGUGGAUCUUCAACAAAAAGUUAACGUCUUGGAACGGGUACACGCGUUGCAAUCGAGUGACAAAGUUCACGAGAAAUUUUUGAAACAAGCUCAAGAAAAACACGCAGUGGAAAUAAGAAAUAUGCAAACUCAGAUAGAUGUACUUACGGAUAAGUUUAAUGCGAAGGAAGAGUCGUACACAGCUUUGGAACACAAAUUGGCAGAUGUUAGAAGAUCUCACGAAGCUCUGAUAGUAGAGAAAGGCGAUAUCGUCAAUCGUCUUGGUCAAGCAUUGGAAAAAAGUCAAUCUCAAUGUCGUAAUCUAAUGGGGAACAAUGAUCAACAAAUAUUGCAACUUCAAUCUCAAAUUAAAAUGUUGUCUCAAGAAAAAGAAGAUAUGUUGAAGACCAUUCAAGAUUUACAAAAUAAAUUAGAAGUGGCCAAGAAUGAGUCAAUGCAAUACGAUUCAUUGGCGACAACGUUCGAAGAAGAAUCCGAUUCUAUAAGACAAAUGAAAUUAGGGGAUUUUCAUAACAAAUCCAGGUCGAAGCCAAUAGAUGAUAUCACAAAUAAAUUAAGGGGUGAAUUGCAAAGAUGUUUAGCGGGACAAGCUGUAAAAAGAAAAGAAAUAACGCGUUUAGAAAAUACAUUGUCGCAAAAGGAAGAAGAACUCGCAAAAGCAUCCGCGGUAGCUGAGUCGUGUAGACAAGAAACGACUAAAUACGCUAAACGCGUUAGCGAAUUAGAGCAAGAACUUAAGUUAGUUCUUACCGACGAAGCAUUGAAAGCGAAUGCUCAAAUCCAAAAAUUAUCUGGACAUUUGAACGAGGUGGAAAAACAAUAUGAACUGUUAAAGAAAGAAAAAUUAAAUUUAGAACAAAAGUUGGAAGAGGCGGAGGCUAUUUCUCAAGAGACUUUAAAUAAAUUGCAUCAAGAGACUACGAAGGUGCAAGAGAAAGAGUUCGUCGAAGAGUACAACAAAGAAUAUUUAGAAAUACACGCUAAAGCUGUUGAAAGAGUCAGAGAGGAAGCCAAACUGGAAAUAGUACAAUUAAAUAUACAAUUAGAACAAACGCAAAAAGAAUUAGAUCACGUUAAGAAGUUGUAUAUAGACGUUUGCGGUACGAAGGAGCAAUUGAUCAACGAGCAUAAAGAAGAAAUAAAAAUGUUGAAAGAAAAAUACGCUAGUUUGGACGAGCAUCAAAAAGAUGUGGAAAGAUUAAAAUACGAAUUGGAAAUGCAAAAAAAAUUUAUCGACAAGUCGAAUAAGGACUGUGAAAGUUAUAAAAUUAAAAUAAUGGAAUUAGAAAAAGAUUUGGCUAUGGAAAAGAGAAAGAAAGAGGAAUAUACUAAAAAGAUACAUCACGAGAUAGAAAGAGCGAAAGAAGAGGCAUUGAAGGAAUUAAGAAAUGCGCAUCCUAAUCAAGAAAUAAGUGUGUUAUUACCUGACCAUUGUUCCGAACAUUUGCAAAGAAUCAAUCAACUCGAAGAAGAGAAUGUUAAAUUAGAAGAGAGAUGUCGAAUGGCGGAAGAGGAUCAUAAAAAAUUAUCGGAGUAUCAAACGGAAUUAGAUGAUACGAGAUUGAGGAUCGCGCAAAUGGAAAUUUGUCAGGAAUCUUGGAAGAAGAAAUAUGAAAACGCGAUUACAGAAAGAAACGAAUUUUUUGCGCGCAUGUCUUCCUUGGAUUCUCAGCUCUCGAUAUUGAAUCAAAAAUUAAAGAGAGACGAUUCCGAUGAGAUUAAAUUAAAGAUAACGAGGGUACAAAUAGAAAAUGAGGGUUUAAAGAGUCGUUGCGAAACGUUGUUGAGCGAAAAAAACGCGUUUAGGGAUAAAAUAAUUCGAUUGGAAUUAGAAUUGUUGGAAUCUAAAAAAAUUUAUCAAAGUUUAGAAAAUAAGACGAAAAACGAGGUAACAUCCUCGAGUACGAGACAUAAAUUGGAAAAGGAAUUGUAUCAAUACAAAGAUUUAGGGGAAAAAUUGAGCGAUCAGUUGGACGAUUUGAAAGGGAAGGUACAGGAAUGCGAUAACUUGAAGAAAAGGAUAAAGAGACUCGAAGAAGAUUUAGAAGAGAAAAAUAAAAUGCUUAAUAAAAUAAACGAUUUGGAUAGGGUUACAAAGGAAAGGGAUCUCCUGUUAGUGAAAUUAAAUAAUCAAGCGAAACGUUUCGAGGAAUGUGUGAAAAAUCAAAGACAAGUCUCGGCGGAAUUGAAUUUAUCCCCUCGUACUUUAGGAGACGAAACGGAUUUACAAAAGAUCAGAGAAAUGGUGAUAAAAGAAGUUAGAGAAGAGAUGGAACAAAAGGUUACUCAAGAGCUAAGAGCUAUAGAAACGCAAAAUCGCGAUAAGAGGAAAGAAUUUGAAGAAAGGUACAAGGUAUUAUUAUUGCAGAAGGAAAAGGAAAUGGAAACGUUAAAGCAGAGCUUAAAGAAAGAAACCGAAGCGGCUUCUUACACGGCCUUCAUAACAAAAGAGGAAGCUGUUAGCAAACUAAUAGAAAACAAAUUAAACGUUUAUUGCGAAGCAUUGUUGGCGAGAAAGGUUCACAUAGAAAAAUUGGAAGAAAAAUUGAAACAACAGGAAAACGUUAUAGGAGAGGAGAGAAAUGUGAUGGCUCAGUUGAUGACCGGUUGGGUCGCCGAAAUCCGAGAUGUCAAGGCAAAGGAAGAAAGUAUGAAGGAUGAGAUCAAAAAGUUGAACGAAACGGGAAAGAAUCUUAGAUUGGAGAGUAACGCAUUGAAGGACGAGAUAGAAAAGUUGAAGGAAAUAGAAAAGAAUCUAAGAUUGGAAAGUAACGCAUUGAAGGAUGAGAUAGAAAAGUUGAAGGAAACGGAAAAGAAUCUAAGAUUGGAAAGUGAGGCAUUGAAGGAAAAGGAAAGGGAGGCUAAACAAAAUAUAAAUAUGCUAAAACAUAAAUAUAGGGUAGCCAAGAAAACAGGCAUUAAUUAUAAGGAGUUUGCAAAGAAAAAAGACGAGUUCAUUCAAAGCGAGCACAAGCGUUUAGAAGAGGGAUACAAAAAAGCCAUUAUACAAGUACAAAAAAGAUAUGACGAAGUCAUUAGCGCUCAUAAAAAACAAAUGCAAACAAAGUUUAGAGAACUAGAUUCUCAAUAUAGAGAGAGAAUAGAACAAAUGGAAAACCCAAAACAAGUACAAAACUAAUUGUUGAAAUAUGUAUUAAAUAUAAUAAUACCGAUAUGCAAUAUAGCUUUUAAAUCUAAGUUUAGACAAAAGCAAAAAAGCGUAGUUAGAAGAGGCUAGACGUUUGUAAAUUAAAUAGCGCACUUUAUUAUUAUAACACUAUUAGAAAAUGAAUUUUUAUAUUUUACCGACUUAUAAGUUGACAACAUUUAUAAGUUAAAAAGUUAGCAUUAGCGUUUAGUAGUGUUCCUUUUUGACGUUUACACGAUUGAUAGAUACAAUGGUAAACUUAAAUCAUAGAAUUUUAAAUGAAAACUUUAAAGUACAAUUUUCCGGAUGCUCAUCAGAGUACUAAUUAUACAAUAUAAUUAAAAUUUAAGCAAAUUAAUAAAAUUAAAAGCAAGAAAAUGAAACACAUAUCUAUAACGAAAGAGAAAA